UUUUUCACUUGUUCUACAAAAUUUUCUCACAAAUUUGUUUAAAUAGUUGGUCCAAUUCGAUUAAUAGCAUUGAUGAGCAAAACAGUUGAGAAUUUUCAGGUGACUCAUUCCUACACUAUGACUCCGAUUUCAAAUAUUGGCCUUACACACAAAUUCACUCACUAUUUUAAAAACCAAGCUCUUGUUUUUCUCUCAAUCAUUCACAGAUUAGAAGAUCAAAACUAAAACUACACGCAUUCACCGCUUAGAGCUUAAAAUCAUGGCUGAUGAAGCACAGGACCAGGUUGAACGUGAGCGCAUUUUCAAGCGCUUCGACUUGAAUGGAGAUGGCAAAAUCUCCGCCGCUGAGCUUGGUGACAGCUUGAAGACCCUUGGCUCGGUCACCCCUGAUGAGAUAACGCGUAUGAUGGCUGAGAUUGAUACUGAUGGUGAUGGCUUCAUAUCAUACGAGGAGUUCACAGAAUUUGCCAAAGCCAACCGUGGCCUAAUAAAAGAUGUUGCCAAGAUAUUUUGAUGUCACUGUUAACCCAUCAACCCCUUUCAUUUAUAUUCCUUG